UAGCAGCAAAUUAGCACAAGGAAGAGAAUCAAAAGAAAAAAUGGAAGAUAAUAUUUUGAUCAAAACGUUGACAUUCUCCUUGGUUUCUCUAAUUCUGUAUUCUGUUGGGAGAGUUAUUCAAGUCUAUUGGCUGAGACCCAAAAGCUUAGAGAAGCAGUUGAGGCAGCAAGGGAUCAGAGGCAGAAAUUACAAGCUUUUCCAAGAUGACAUGAAAGAGAUCAAAAUGUCCAGCGAGGAAGCAUGGUCCAAACCCAUGUCACUCAAGCACCAGAUUGCUCCACGUGUCUUCCCAUUUUUCGAUCAAAUGGUCCAAAAUUACGGGAAAGUGAAUUUGGGAUGGUUUGAAACGAGGCCAAGGCUCAUAGUUGCAGAGCCAGAGCUGAUCAAGUUGAUAUUAGCUGACAAGAGUGGGCACAUUACAAAGCCACCACUGAACCCACUUGUCAAUCUUCUGCAAUUGGGUGUCUCUACCUUGGAAGGAGACCAAUGGGCCAAACGCAGAAGGCUCAUAACUCCUGCUUUCCAUCUUGAGAAAUUAAAGGGGAUGGUGCCUGCAUUUGUGACCAGUUGUUCUGGUCUGAUCAAUCGAUGGGAAAAUUUAAUUGGUGUUCAAGGAUCAUACGAAGUAGAUGUGGCACCAGAGUUUCAAAAUCUUGCUGGGGAUGUUAUAGCUAGAACAGCAUUUGGAAGCAGCUUUGAAGAGGGGAAGAAGAUAUUUGAACUUCAAAAGAAGCAAGCUGUUUUAGUGCUUGAAGCCUAUUAUGGUUUCUAUUUCCCAGGUUUAAGAUUCAUACCCACUAAAAAGAACAAGAUGAGGUACAACUUGGACAAUGAAAUCAAAGCAAUAUUAAGGGGUAUGAUCAGCAGGAAAGAGCAAGCCAUGGAAAAUGGUGAAGUGGGUUCGAAUGAUUUGCUGGGUUUACUCUUACAGUGCAAAGAACAAGAGCAGAACAGUAUGACAAUUGAGGAUGUGAUAGAAGAGUGCAAGCUCUUCUACUUUGCUGGCCAAGAGACCACAGCCAACUGGCUCACUUGGACUAUGAUUGUCUUGUCUAUGCAUCCAAGCUGGCAAGAGAAAGCAAGAGAAGAAGUCCUACGUGUGUGUGGAAAGGAAACACCUGAUUUGGGUGCCAUAAAUCGCCUCAAGAUUGUAUCUAUGAUAUUGAAUGAAGUUCUGAGGUUAUAUCCACCUGUGACUGUUCUAUAUAGGCACACCCAAAAGAAAACCAAUAUAGGAGGCCUUUCCAUCCCAGCUGGGGUUGAAUUUGUGUUGCUGAUUCUGUUUCUCCAAUAUGAUCCAAAAUAUUGGGGUGAGCAGGUUGAGGAAUUCAACCCAGAGAGAUUUGCUGAGGGAGUUUCCAAGGCAUCAAAUGAUGAAUUUGCCUUCUAUCCAUUUGGUUGGGGCCCUAGAAUUUGUUUGGGCCAAACUUUUGCUGUGAUAGAAGCAAAGAUGGCUCUGGCUAUGACUCUUCAACAUUUCUCUUUUGAGCUCUCACCCUCUUACACUCAUGCUCCCAUUGUGGGCAUUACCCUUCAGCCACAGAACGGAGCCCCAAUUAUACUUCACAGAAUUUAAGAUGAUGAAGCUGAAGCUGGUGAAUUUGAAUAUUUAUUUGCAUAAAUAAAAA